AUGGCAGACAUCAUGCUCAUACUCACAGCACCAUUUUUUCUCCAUCUACUAACCACUGGAAGCUGGGUAUUUGGACAUGUCAUUUGUAAGAUGUGUCAUUAUGUUAGCUGUUUGAGUAUGUAUGCCAGCAUCUUUCUGAUUACCUUUAUGAGCAUGGACCGUUUUUUAGCUGUAGCAUUUCCCUUCACUUCUCAAAAGGUGAGAACAAAACCAGUUGUCAGGAGCAUUGUGUCUGCAAUCUGGCUGCUUGCAGCUUUGAUGUCCAUUCCCAUGUUAUUUUACCGUGAUGUUAAAAAUGUAUUUGGCCGUACUCUUUGCAUACCAUUCCAUGGUUCAAAAAAUGACACUUCCACUGCUAAACAUAUUAUUUUUCAGUAUAUGUUUGAAACUAUAACAGGCUUCGCCAUCCCAUUCACAAUCAUUCUGUACUGCUAUGCUUUCAUUGGACUAAGGCUACGUAGUGCCAAAUUUCAGACCAAGAAUAAAACAAGUCGUCUGGUAAUCAUGAUUAUAGUGACAUUUGCACUCUUCUGGCUUCCAUAUCAGUUAGUGAAUAUGAUACAGGUAUCAGGGGAGUUGUUCUCAUCCGGAACUCUAAGAAAAGCAGCUCAAGUUGCCAGGCCUAAUGCCACAGCUCUUGCCUUUCUCAGUAGCAGUGCUAAUCCUAUUUUGUACGUGUUUGCUGGUGGGAAUUUCAUUAGAAGUGCUGGGGUGGGAUUUAUGGCCAAGCUCUUUGAAGGCACUCAUUCUGAGACCUCCAGUUUCCGUAAAAUCUCCCAGGUCUUUCGGCAAAGAAGCCAUACUGAAUCUGUUGAGUUAGAAAAAUGCAAAGAGCAUGUAGAGCAGUCGAAAUUAUUUACAACCAAUCAAAGUGAUUGA